AUGGCUCGCAAGAAGGUGACCCUGCACCGGAUCGCCAACGACUCCACCCGGCGCGGGACCUUCAAGAAGCGGCGCAAGGGCCUGAUGAAGAAGGCGAGCGAGCUGGCCACGCUGUGCGACGUCGACACCUGCGUUGUGGUGUACGGCGAGGGCGAGUCGCAGCCGGAGGUGUGGCCCGACGUCCCCACGGCAGAGCACGUCCUCGCGCGCUUCAAGGCCGUGCCGGAGCUGGACCAGUGCAAGAAGAUGCUGGACAUGGAGGGCUUCCUCAAGCAGCGCAUGGACAAGCUCCGGGAGCAGCUGCACAAGGUGCAGCGCGACAACCGGGAGCGCGAGGCCACGCUCCUCCUGCACGACGCCAUCGUCGGCCGCCGCCCCGGCCUCGUGGGCCUCUCCGUCGAGGAGAUCGCCAGCCUCGGAUGCAUGGUGGAGAGCCGCCUCAAGGGCAUCAAGGACGCCAUCGAGCGACUCCAGCGGAUGGGACAGGAAGUCCCGGCGACGGUGGCGGCGGCGCUGCAGCCCCAGGCGCCGUCGUCCAUGCCACUGAUGCCUGCUUACAGCGCCGGGACGACCGGCCACAGGGACAUGACGAUGCAGAUGCAGGCACCCCACCCGCAUGCGGGCUGGAUGGUGGCCGGCGGGGAUCUUGGCGCGCUGGUCCACGGUGGUGGCUUCGGCGCCGGCACCAGCGCCGGUGGCGACAUGAUGAUGCCGCAGUUUGGCAACAUGGCUGUCGGAUUUGCGUGGUCUGAUCCUGCUGGUCAGUAUUUCCAUUCCAUGUAA